AAUAUCAACGUUUUUAUUUAUUUUUUGCGUGAAAAUCGCAGUUUUGCUGGAAAAACUCAAUUGAAUUGAGUUUGAUCUGAAUAAUUAAAUAGCACCGUAGAUCGGAAGGUGUUUCUUUACUACGAAAAGAGAAAUGAGUUUGCAAAUGGAAAGUCCAUUAACGGACAGCAAAAUGGAUAUAUCUGAUACUACAAAUUCACAAGGCUCAGCAGGGAUUUCGCCUCUUGGUGAAGAUGAUGAUCCCGAUGUCUCCCAGUCGCCAACACAUAGCAACCACAACAUCCAUGAAGUACUUAUAAAGGAGUCUAAUUUGUUAACAAAUGGCACAAUAAAGGGAGAAAAUUUAAAAUCUGUGAAUGCACCAACAUCUGAUCUAGAUAACAGAUGUAUUCGAUCAGGCGCUUUGCAAUUAGAGCUAAUACCGCAGCGUCAGAAUAUUGAACGAACACUUACGGACAGCCAUCCAUUGAUGUCGCCUACGGGAUCAGAAAACGAUCAAAGCUCAACUAAUUCGGUGACAACAAAUAACGAAGUAAAGCGUAAUAAUUUCCCUGACGUGGUGCCACAAUAUGAACAUGUGCAGUCGCCCCUGCAACAUAAUGCAAUAGUGGAGCAAAAUACAGUGAACCAUAAUCGUGGCGCCGCUUUGACAUCAGCUCCAAUGCACAAUAAGCUGGCGUAUUUACGUGCCCACAGUCCCGAUCUUUUGAGUAGCGAAUCUGAAGCAGAUGUUUCGCAGUAUCAUGCUGCCGUUGAAGCCAACUUUCAGACGGUGGCCCUUAUUCAAACAGCAAGUAGUGAUACUCAAAAAAACGUACGACGAUUUCGAAAAGGUGCGCCUAAUUGUGGUAAUGCCGGGGACGAUAUCUCAUCCUUGGAUUCGAUUUCGAAUCACAGUUUCGACGAUGAUGAAGAUAUCGAACAUAAUUUGGCUUCCCUUAGCCCAUCGAGUUCCUUAAUUGAUGGACUAGAUGAUGAUAGUGAAGAUGGUGACGUUGGCGUUGUUAACUGCAUGGACGACGACGAUGAAUUUGCUGAAGCUGUAACCCCAACUCCACACGGACAUUUAUCGGCGUUAGCGGCAGAUAUAAAUGCAAGAUCUGGUCAGUUGCCGCAGUACUCAGCAGCUGAGGAAAGGCGCGAUUCUCGAAACUGGCAAAAGAUAACAUUGCCCGAUGGUCGUACCAGAGAAAUAGAUAUGCGCGUAAUCGAGCCUUAUAAACGUGUUCUAUCGCACGGUGGAUACCUGCAAGCAGGAGGGCAUAACGCUAUUGUAAUAUUUUGUGCCUGUCAUUUGCCUGAUCGAUCGCGUGCUGAUUACAGCUACGUAAUGGAUAAUUUAUUUCUUUACGUAGUUAAGACCUUGGAACAAUUAGUUACAGAGGACUAUGUGCUUAUUUAUCUUCAUGGCGGUACAAGUCGUCGGAACGUGCCACCAUUUCCUUGGUUAAAAAAGUGCUAUCAACUGUUGGAUAGGCGUUUAAGAAAAAGUCUGAAAAAUAUGUAUUUAGUGCAUCCAACAUUUUGGAUAAAGUCUAUAGUAUGGAUGACUCGACCCUUUGUUAGUGCAAAGUUCUGGCGCAAAUUAGUUUAUGUGAAAUCAUUGGACGAACUCGCUAAGCACGUUGUUGUGGAGAAAGCUGCCAUACCUGAAAAAGUCAAACAAUACGAUGCGAGACAUAACUAAGCAAAUUUCAUGAAUUGGCUAUUUGUCCUUCCUUGGCUGGUAACUCAAAAUUUGGACAAUAGGCAAAGAAUACUGCAACGUUUCUUGGCACUUAUUCGAUUGUUAGGACAGACUUUAAGAUGAUCUUUUUCGUUCGUAUUCCUAUAUAAUUAAUAUGAGUAUUCAUGAAAACGGGUAAAUGCCUCGUAACCGCUUAGACCUCGUAAAUAAACCGAUUUGCCAUACAAAAUUGGGUAAGUUUACGAGGUUUACAUGGUUAUGAGACAUUUACACGUUUGGUGGCACCAUUUUUAGUUCCAGAUGAUUAGUGGGCAUCAUUUAGGACCAUUAAAAAAGUCAUAUUCUUGAGUUGCGUAGAAAAUUAGAAUAAUUAAGAGUGCUAUUUUCGAUAUUUUAGGUUAAAAUUAUUAACAAAUUUAAUUUAAAUUUUACUAAUAUUCCGCUUAUUCAGUGCCUAAUGACUUCAAACUAAACAUGUUGCUCAUUUGCGGCGUUGAUUUUACACCGUUCACGAUCUCAAAUUUCUUUACUAUCGUAUUGUGAUAUUUUCGCAUUUAUUCGUUUCGUUUUUCUCCCCUCUAAUAACAUUCGUAUAAUUUUGGUAAAUUAUAAGCAAUAAAAAUUGCACUUUAUAGAUAAAAGUAAGGCAUGUGUAUUCGCCAUUUGCAAGGGCUUUAGUUAAUCUUCAACGUUGGCUUACUAUUAAGGUAGUGAGAAAUUAUAUCUACACGAAAUAUCUCAUAAAUAUCCGCAUAGGAAAAAUAUGUACAUCGAAUAUUUUGUAGACUGGUAUGUAACGCGCUUAGACAGCUGGUCAAAUUGACAACAACAUGAGUAUUUGCAUUAAUCUUGUGCUUUGGUUUCUAUAGACUUAAGGAACACACAACAGCUAAUAUUUCACAUUUACAUUAAUCGGUACAAAAUGGGAAAGAACGCGAGUCGACUGUAGUAGAUAAACGACUAUUUGCCGAUUUUCUAUUAUCCAUAGUAUUUUGAAUGCCGGUUUUUCGUUCAAUAGGUGAGUAUGAAUAGUUUUUAGGCGCUUAUACUUCUACAAAGCUUAUUGAACGAAAAAUCGAAAUUCACAAUACCAUGGAAAGUCGAUAAUCGAAUAACAGUCGUUUAUCUACUACUAGUCGACACUCGCAAUAGGGGUGACAUUCUUAAAUUUUUGUUUCUGAUGUUAUGCAUUAAAAACAUACAUACAUAUCGCACAUUUGUUGCUUAUAUAGAGAGCAAAAAUUAAAUAAAAUAUAAGAGGAAAAUAGCCAACUUACAAGAAUCGUUAUAUGUAAUAUAUGUAUGUUCGUAUGAUAAGCGUAUGAUUUGUAUUAAAUUUUAGAAGCUUUUUGUAAUCUUUUUAGUUGUUUGGCAAAUCAAUUCGUUGAUUUGCUCAAUCGUUUGUAUUUUCAAACGCAGUUAACCAUUUUAUAUUUUAUUUCCAGUUAGUUUUCCAUAAGUAUACGACCUGCUCGUUCAUUAGUAAAAUACGUAUUUAGUACAGCAAUUUUUGUAAUGUUUAUAUUAAAUUAUGUAUGUACGCGUUUGUAAAUGUUGUUUUUCGAAAGUCAUAACUAUCAUAUCCAUUAAAUUUGUUAUUAGACGUAAUAUAGUAAUCAGUGCAACCUCAUACCACCAACUUUGCAACUUGAAAACUCUACUUGUUACCUAAAUCCACAUAUUUUCUAGUAUUUAAGAAAAAAUGUAUGCAAAAUAUUAACUAAAAGCAUAAAUAUGUACUAUGUAGGCAGUGGAGAAAGCGUACCGCUUUAGAUACUUUAUGACCUUUGGAUUAUGUGUAUAAAGUAUUGCAUAUGCUGUAUAAAUAUAAGAUAUAUACAUAAAUAUGUAUGUCUAUGCAUUCCCAGACUUAUUUGAUAUGCAAAAACAUGCCGAGUAUUUACUUAAAUGAUAACAAAAAAAAAACAGUGGUAACAGAAGCGAAUAUUCAAAUAAAUCUAUAAUUACCCUAUUGAUAUUAUGAUACACAAAAAUGAAAUAUCAAUGCUUACAAUUUA